UGUCAGACAUCACUGGGGACUUCUCAGCAAAAAGUAAGACCUUCAGGAUCAGAGGAUCUGCAUUCACUUCUUCACUGCAGAUCGGCAAGAGAUAGACGCAUUCAGACAACCUUCAGUCUUCUAGACGGACAAAUUCUUCCACAGACCAACAGAUUAUUUGUACCUACGCACAACACAAGUCCACCAGAACCAGAGGGGAAACCCCAGGCCCUUUGGCCAUGGAGCUGUAGCUGAUCGAGCUUACAGGCAGAUCCACUGCAGAAAUGGCCAGAUACACGGCCUGGAGGAGUAUCACAUGGCUUUUGGGCAGGAGAGGGUUAGCUUUAGCUACAGGAUGCGCAUUGAGAAAGACAAGGUCAAACGUCUUGAGGAAGUCCUGAAGUACAGGAACUCAGGGUUGGACCAAGAGAAUAAAAGGCUCUUUGACGUCAUCCAGGACCGUGAGGCGGAAAUCUCACGUCUGAAGGAUCAGAUGGAAGCUGCAGAGCAUCAGCACAAGCAGCAGCUGGACCACAUUGUGGCAACGUCUGAGGCAGAGAAGGGAAAGAUCUCAGACCAGAAGAACCAGGAGACAUCUGACAGCCAGAACAAUGAUGUUCCUCAGCAGUGUGACCCAGAGAAAUAAAAACUGAGGAUGAGGAAAGGAGAUGAGACCGUGAAAGAGCUGAUGAGAAAAGGCGAGGAACUCCUUGAGUGUGUGACAAUCUUGGAGAAUAGAAACAGCGAUCUGGAGGAGGAGAUGGAAGCUAAACUCAAACGGGUGGAGAAGCAGAAAAAUUACCUGGCCAAGAAAAACAAGAGCUGGGAGACGGAUGUCAAACAGCUGAAAGACCAGAUGAGAGAGCAGGAGGAGAGGUUCUCCAAAGACCGGGCGCAGAACCAGGAGAGCUGGGAAGCCAAGUUUCAUUUGGAGAUCAAAUUAAAAGAGGUAGAGGAAGAGAAGAACGACCUGGCCCAGAAACACCAGAGCAGGGAGAAGGACCUGAAAGAGGUUCAGGCGACAUUAAGAAAGGCAGAGGAUGAGGAAAAGGACUCUGCCGAGAAGAACCUGAGCCUGGAGAAGGAAGUCCAACUGAAGGAGAGGCAGGUCAAGCAGAUGGAGAACGAUUCGGAUGAACAGAAGGAGAGGUUCUCCAAAGACCUGGCUGAGAAACAGCUGAGCUGGGAGCUGUUUGUCCAACAGAAGGAGAAGCUUGUCAAGCAGUUGGAGAACAAGUUGGAAGAGCAGGAGGAGACGUUCUCCAAAGACCUGGCCCAGAACCAGGAGAGCUGGGAAGCCAAGGUUAAUUUGGUGGAGAUCAAAUUAACUCAGGAGAAGAUUGACCUGGCUCAGAAACACCAGAGCAGGGAGAAGGACCUGAAAGAGGUUCAGGCGACAUUCAGAAAGGCAGAGGAUGAGGAAAAGGACUCUGCCGAGAAGAACCAGAUCCUGGAGAAGGAAGUCCAAGAGAGGAGGUCAAGCAGAUGGAGAACCAAUGGGAUGAGCAGAAGGAGAUGUUCUCCAAAGGCCUGGCCCAGAACCAAGAGAUCUGGGAGACCAAGGUUCAUCUGAUGGAGACCCGAUGGAAGCAGGCGGAGGAGCAGAGGGACGACCUGGCUCAACUGAGCAGGGAGGUCAAGGAGGAGCAGAUGGAGGAGGAGAAGAAGCUGCUGGAGGACCUCUGUCUUCACAUGGAGAACAAGAAGGAGGGACACUGAGGACAGAGACGUCGCCUUGCAGAAGAUGAAGAGCAGGAUGCUAGAGAAGGAGAUGAGGAAGAAAUCAAAGAGGGAGGAAGCUGAGGGGAUAAACAGCGCCUCAAAGGAGACGGAGAAGAUGGAGGCUGGUGAUUCAGCUCCGGCUGGACAACAGUAACUCCCUCUUCCUCAUCCUCUUCCUCCUCCAUUUCCCUCACCUCCUUCCUCCUGCCUCACCCGCCUCCUCCCUUCACCUUUUUCUCAUGUAGGGUUUUCUCCUGGAUCUCAGGU